CGGCGCUCUGUGGAAGAGUUUGGCAACCGAGCGCACCCCCUUAAAGUUUCCCAAAAGUUAUGAUUCACUUAGAGAGCGCAAUGGAGGGCGACGAGGAGGAUUUGUUCUCAACCAAAUACAAACUCAUGCAUGAUUCAAGACUUUGAACCACAACACCUGAGACCUCUGAUUCAUUCCUAAUUGCUUUGCUAAUCCUGCUUGAAACUUGCUGGUGCAAGUGCGCGCAACGAGUUUUCAGACGUCAACCUCCCAUAACGAGAGAAGAAUAUUUAAAGUCAUAAUUUCUGAAGCUGCUGAAGCCCUCUACUUUUUUUAGGCUUGUGGUUAGCUGUGCAUCUUCCCACCUCGCCUUUGGUGUCUCCGUGUUUUCUAAUUAAAAGGGAGAAGGUGCGUGAUGGAGGCAUGUGUGCACGCGGCCAGGUGAAACUGAACAGGAUGGGACAAGCUGCUUCAAACAGCCUGCUGUGGGGGAGAGAGCUCAUUUUGUUCAGUUAGUACCUUCCUACAAAAAAACGCCUUGAACUUCCAUUGAAAGUUGAGCCAGGGGUUACAUUCUUAGCUCCGACUACUUGUCAAUGCGCUGGAGUCAUGCUAAUGAAAGGAGAAGUCAGGCCAGGUGUUAGACAAACUUACAAUAUUCAGGCUGGAGUUGUUGAUGGACCUUUGAACUAGAGCUCACUGGAGGCUGGGAAAGACGUCACUGACUGAGCAGACACCGAUCACCCGCCAAACACCCCUCCCCUUUAACAAACCCGGCGGCCUCUAUGCUCAUCAACCUGACUGUAGCCAUCAAGGAGUCUCGUGCCUUUCAUGGAACACUGCCUGCCCUCCCCGCCGCUGCCCCUGACGCUGUGGAAGUGACAGCCAUGGAUUCACGUCCGGUGCUGGUCGCCCCACCGCCGCCUCCCCUAGCACCUCCACCACCUCCACCUCCUCCUCCUCCCCCUCCUCCUCCUCUCCCACCUCCACCUGCAUCAUCCUCACCUUUUAGCCGAGCGGACAGUGCCCGUCGGAGCCGGCUGAGGAAGCUUAACUGGGAGCGUAUCCCCAAAGAGAAGGUGGAGGGGAGGAAAAGCGUGUGGACCGGGGCGGCCCCGGGUGAGGACGAGUUCCCAAUAGACCUCCAUUCUCUGGAUGAGCUGUUUGGUCAGAAGGACAGUAAGCCUCAGGACAGAACCAGCACCCUGAGACGCCGGUCUGCUCUGAUGCACUGCAGAUCCUCUCAGGACAAGUCAGAGGAGAUCUCCCUACUGGACUCCAAACGCAGUAUGAACAUUGGAAUAUUUCUUCGCCAGUUCAAGAUGCCUGCGAAGGAGAUAGUUGAGGAUAUCAGGCAUGGUGCUGGGGGCCGUUACGGAGUGGAGAAGCUCACAGAGCUCUGCAAAUUGCUGCCUGACAAUGAGGAGGAAUCUCGCCUGAGGAGGUUCAGUGGGGAGCGUAGCUGGCUUGGAGAGCCUGAUCUUUUCAUUCUGCUGCUGGUGGAAGUCCCCAGUUUUCGGCUACGUUUGGAUGCCAUGAUCCUGCAACAAGAGUUUGACCCAGCUGUGACCUCUCUGUGUGUGGCAGCCAGAUGUCUGAGGGAGGCGGCCAGAGAACUGCUGAGCUGUCCUGAAUUACACUCCAUCCUUCGUUUGGUGCUGAAAGCAGGGAACUACAUGAAUGCUGGUGGAUAUUCAGGGAAUGCCGCUGGUUUCCGAAUUUCAUCACUGCUCAAACUGGCUGACACCAAAGCCAACAAGCCGGGCAUGAAUCUGCUGCAUUUUGUAGCCAUGGAAGCUGUAAAAAAGGACCAGAGUUUACUGUCAUUUCCCAGCCAACUAGGCCAUGUUGGCUCCGCCUCCAGGUUGUGUGAGGAGUCUGUACUGGAGGACUUAUCCAAGUUAAAAAGCAGAGUGGUGGCGCUUAAGGCAAACAUCCAGACUGAUGCUGAGAUUCAGCAGCAUACACAACCUUUCCUGGAGGUGGCUGAGGAGCGGCUGAAGGAGGCAGAGGAUGAGGUGGAGGGCAUGAGGAUGUCAAGUCAGGCUUUGGUGGAGUUCUUCUGUGAGGACGACAGCACUUUCAAACUAGAGGAGGCUUGCAGGGUCUUCCAUUCAUUUUGCCACCGCUUCCAAAGAGCUGUCCAGGAGAAUGCAGAGCGGGAGCUGAAGGAGCAGAAACGGCUGGAGCGUCAGCGUGAGAUGGGGGGAAAGCGCCGCUCUUUGGCUAUUUGUACGGGGUUGGACUUGAGCCUCAACCUUGCCAGAGAGCCUCACAUUCAGGAGAACCAAGAUGAGCUGGAGAAACUCCUGGAGAAGAACUUGAGCUACACUUGGAGUCGUCGUAGCCUGAGGAGCUCUGAUUCCCGCAGACACUCCCAAACCCUCCAAAGCGAUGCCCAUCUCCAUAUCACAUCGAUACCUAAGAGCUUCCCUGAGCUGGGCAGCAGCCCGACGUCAGCCAGUUAUCACUCUAAUAGCUCCUCUGACCAUGAGACCACUGCUGUGCUUUGUAGUUCUCCGGAGAUGGAUGGCACGUGUUCCCCCGUUGAUCAAGGAAAUGUUCUGGGUAGAGGGAGCAGGGCUCAGCCCCACCAAACAACCAACCAGAGUAUGGAACCUUCAUUUAAUCAUUCUCAACAUGGACGUAGCUUCACAGUCAAGCAACAAGGGCCAGAGAGCGUUUCAUAUGUCCUACAAGGCCAACUGAAGGCAACAGAAACAUGUGGACUUAAAAAACAAGCUGAGAUGUCACGUGAACACAUGGCUUCAAUGAACAUUGAAUCUUCACCCAGUCCCUGUACAAACUCUGGUGCUAUAAACACUGAUACAACUGCCCUGUGUGGUAAAAGCCAGCCUUCUACUCAAAGACAUAGUUUUGGCCUGCCGCUGACAGACCAUAGUCAUCCUCUUCAGAGUAAAUCUAAUAGCUCUUGUGUUGAUGAGUCCACUCCUCAGUCUGUUAAUAAGAGUGGAAUUCUUUCUCAAAGUGACAGCACGGCUAGGUCACUCAGGUACCAGAGAUCUGAGAGCCAAUCACAAUCAUCCAUAAAUGCUUCAGAUAAAGUAGAGUUACAACCACCGAACAGAGGGACACCUACCAUUACAAGCGCUGUGAUGCCUUUACCUGAUGCAGGCCUAAUAAAGCAAACAGACACAGAAGAGGCAUCAACACCUGUAGAGGAGAGCUGGAUGCCUUCCAGUCUACCAGAGUUCAGCCAGUCACAGCCAGGAGAGUACUCUGACUUAGCAAGUCCUGAGAGGGAGAUUGCAAGGUCAUACUCCCGUGUGGGUGAAACACUGGAGUGCCACACUCUGGUGAAAGGCCUAAGAUCCUACGAUGCCUUGUCACCCCCAACAUCCCCACUACCACGACCUGCACCAAGCCUCUGCUCCAAGUGGAGGAAAGAGAGAGAGGGUGACUUUCGAGAGGGGACAACUCCAAUGUCUCCUACAUCAAAGGAGGAGACUCGAAAUAUGAAGAACCCUGUGCGUAGUGGGAUAGGGGCCAAGAGGGGACUUGUGUCACGUGUGGGACCUUCCAAUAGCACAGGCAUUCCUAGGGUGCGCUCCAAAACUGAGCCUUCAAAUGGAGCCCCAGCCCCAACCAACCCACCCACUCCUAGCCGUCUGUCUGCUCCUCGCAGCCUAUCCAUGCGCUCAUCCCCUGUCACACGGCCUGCUGCUGCUGCUGUCCAGGCAGAUGUGAAACGAAGUAAUAGCGCACGUGAGAGGACACAGACUGUAAGUGAGCCACAGACUCCAGGAAAGUCCACUCUGACCCGCAGAGUCUCAGACAGAUCUCUGCCCGAUAAAGUCUCAGGCAACACCCAACCAGCCUUCGUCAGAGGAACUCCUCUCCGUGUGUCUAAACGAGUCGCCCCAAACUCUGAGACUCAGGUUCCCUCCCAGCCUCGCACUGCCCACAGCCCGUCCUCUGCCACAGCCAAGACCAUACGCACGGCUGUCAUAUCCGCAGCCAGACAUAAAACUGCUAAGACAACAAGCACAAGCGUCUCACCAGCUAGCUCUAAAAUCCCUACAGCUUCACGAAUACCUGGUCCCAAAAUGCCUCGAGCUACUACAGCUCCGCCACUGUGGAGGUGAUAGGAGUGAAAAAGUGCAGUUUGUACAAAAGUCUCAUGCCUUUAUGGAUUGCUGUCAAAUACAUAACUUGCAGGUCACUUUUGAGUCAUCAGUAGAUUUCUGGUCUUGAUCAUCUCUAGUUCCACUAAAUUCUACUUCUAUGAAAUGGUUGUAGUGAUGUGCUUCUACAUUUGUGAGAAGCUACACUGAUAGCAUUUCAUGCACCAGCAGAACAGUAUAUCCUCUACAUCCUACCUCUUUUCACAUCCAUUUGUGUCCUAUGCAGGCAAUAGGAUACUAUAAGAAGACCCAUCUUAACUGUUCAUAUGUAGAGCAAUUCACAUCAGUAAAAUGCAGCCAAGUGAACACUAUCCUGUGCCUAGUCAGUGCUACAAGUAUGCUUUUAAGAAUUGUAAUCUGGGAAACUGUUUCAAUCUCUCUGGCAUUUAAUUUUAUUUUAGGGAAUUGUCCAAAUGUUUUGAAUACUGUGAUCCUUCUGCUAAGUGAUCGUUGCGUUAUCACACUGUCUCUACAGUCUGAACAGAACUCGGUACAAUGUUGAACUCUUCAUCCUCUUGUUGAGACGCCUCAUCGUUCUGAUGCACUUUACAAACUGAAGAGGAGGCCGCAAGGAGAUGAUUUAUGUAAUUUUUGUUUUAUAUAAAAAGAUUCUAUAACUUUAUUGAAUAGCAUUGCGUGUUAUUCACUGUAUUACGUGGAUUUGUAAAUAAGAAAAGACGAAUAAAUGCGGUGAUAUGGAUA